GAGGGAGGGAUGGUGAGGAACCCAGGCAGCAGCAGCAGCAGCAGCGGCAGGAGGCGCCUCUGCUAACAUGGCUGACGUGCAGGAUGAUGAUCACUGGUUGUAUGGUGACGAGAAGGAUGAUCCCAAGGAAGAUGGGGAGAUAAAUGAUAAAUACAACGAAGAAGCAGAUAAAGCAGACACGGAAAAUGGACAAGAUAAGCAGACUCCCAUGGAAGAAGGUGAUAAGGAAUCUGAAAAAGCAAAAGAGGGAGAAGCUAAAGGUGAUAAAGAAAAAGAAGGUGAGAAGGAGGAUGGUGAGAAAGGAGAUGAUGAUGACAGCAGUGAUGAUGAUGACCUGACCAUUACUAUUGGUGUUAUAAAAACACAACCGGAUAUUAUACAAGCCCCGACUGCUCCCCACUCAGCUAGGUUCCAGCCUAAGGCUGCACCAACCACAGGAUUGAAGGAUGAUGAUUUUAAUUCUCCAGGAAAAAUUAAUGGAGUACCUAUCACUGAAUUUAAUCUUGCUGACUUGGAGGAUAAACCUUGGAGAAAACCUGGAGCUGACAUUUCAGACUAUUUCAAUUAUGGCUUUAAUGAGGAGACCUGGUUCAAGUAUUGUGAGCGUCAGAAGAGGAUGAGGAUCACAGAGUCGGGUGCUGGGUUAUCUGGUCUUGGUAUCAGUGUUACAAAGCCAUUUGGUAAUUCUAAUAGCAGCAUUCCAGUUACAAUAGUCAAUGACAAUAGCAAAUACAGAGAUGCUCUAGCUCAGAGGGUCAAAGCGGGUCCUCCCCCUCGCAACAAAGGCAUGGGACAAAUUGACGUCAUUGGCGGAGUUAACAAGCCGAGUACAAUUCAGGUUAUGACAGCAGACAGGCGAGAGUAUUCCAAUAAAGUAAUGAUGAAUGGUCCUCCUCCACCAUUACCAUCUACCACGCCAGGAUACAAUGAUAUGGAGUUUGGCGGUAAUCCAUAUGGUGAAGCAUAUUAUGCAAAUGAGCCUCCCUUCUUUGGAGGGUCUGGAUUUGAGAAUCCUCCACCAUGGACACCAGGACAACCACCUCCACUACCAGGGCAGAACAACUGGGAGGGACCUGGGAGUGCUACCCCAAAUAUCACACCAGUAUCAAGUGGAACACCUUACUUUGAAGAAGACUCUCUUGGUGCUCCUCCAGUACCAUCAGAACCUGAAGAGGAAAGACAUAGGUAAAAAACAAAAGUGAUU